AGAGAGGGCUGUUUACCCCCAUACAGACCUACAAGGACAUCAAAGGUCAGAUCAAGAGGCGACGGGUGAUGAAAUCUGACCGUAUAUGAUUUUAUCCCCCGGAACCUCCUGGCUUUGUCGGGGGUGGUCUUCCUACUCCACAACUGUUCUUUAGGAGCCGGGUCUUUGUGUGGCGCCCUGUCGGCGUGUGGAGGUACUCGCUGAAGUGUCCGCGGGGAGAAAACUGUCGGCAGUGGGAGAAAUGUGCACCUCUCCAAGUCUGGCUUCCACUCCAAGGUACGUCUCAUCUGCGAUGUGUCCGGCUGGUACACAGUGAUCACAGAGGUCCUGUCCUGUGGACCCUGUACCAAGGCAGCCAGGAGCAAAGAGGGUGUGUCAGUGGGCCGGUGGCUUGCGUGGGAUAACGCCAUCCUAUCCCAGCUCAGCGAGGCUCACCAAGCCAUCUUUCCUGCCCUCCUUACCACCAUGCGUGGCGUAGACAGGAAUGUCGUGCGCCUUCUGAGGGACAGGACCGAAGGGAACACUAUGGAGAAGGUGUGGCGGCAGGUACAGGAGAACCAUGUUGAGGAGUACCUGAAUCGCAAGGACCUGUACACCACACUCCUAAUGAGCAUAGCUGCACCCGGAGGGAUCGUCUCUGCAAUGAGGCAGACAUUCCAGGCUCCACCUGCCCAAAAACAGCUCCCCGCAGCGCGGCUCUUGCGCCAUGCCUUCCUGCUGGCAGAGGCGAACAAUGUGCAGGAUUACCGGAGCCAGAUCCUCUCCACUUUUGGCACGGUGAUGAAGAUGGAUUCCACCAAGAAAGUGGGGAAGAAGCUGUCUGGGCAGGGACGUGGCUCGGCCGAGUGGUUUACCAACAUCGGCAAGGAGUACUCACAGAUUGUUUCUUUUGUACUGACUUGUGAGGAGUCUGCACAGAAGCUGCAACCCAUGUGCCGUGGAGUGAUGGAAAGGUUCCGGCUGGCCAAUCAACCGGUCCCUAAGAUCCUGUACAUUGACCGUGGGUGUUGUCGUGCUAAGGCCCCUUCCGCCGUGGAGACAAUGUUCCAGGAGUGGUUCGACGGUGGUAUGGUUGUGCGCCUGGACAUCUUUCACUGGAUCCACCGGUUUGACGCAGCCAUCCGAACAGACGCGCACAGCAAGUACGCCAUGUUCAAGUCCGCUCUGGCCGGGGCAGUGUUGGCCUACAACCGCACCGAUCUGGAGCUGCUGAUCGAGGCCGUCAGAGCCAAGGACCCGGACACAUUCAGGUCCGUGUCGGAACAGGAUGUCGUCCGCCUGUACGUCACCAGGCAGCAGGUGCAACACCACGUGCGGAGGGUCACGCUCGGAGCCCAGGAAACGUUCCGGCUCAUCCACCUGGCCAUCGAGGAGCUGAAGGGCCCGGCUGGGCUGGACCAGAGUGGAGUGAGCCUCUUUAAAACACCUGGAGCCAUUGAUGAGAUGUGGGUCGGGCAGCAGAGACACCUGGAGUGCAUCCAGGAUCCACCAGGGAUGAUUAUGUAUAGGGUGGCCCGUACCACAACCAUCAACGGUGUGGACCUGCCCUACUACAAAACUCUGCAUGGAAGCAACAGCCUGGAGGGAUUCCACAAGUCUCUGCCUCACAUGAUCCCAGGUCCCCAUUGUGCAGCACGGCUAUAUCAGGUUUACCUGAUCAGUGGCAUCGCACGGUGGAACUGCGACAGGAGCUCCGACGCAGUGUUUGGUGGCAAGGGACGGCGUCACAGGACAUACUCAGCGCCUCUCAUCCACCGGCUCAACACCCGCUGUCAGCAGCUGUUUGGAGAGACUGUAGAGGAGAAUCUCCGGGCCCCCGCUGAGGUGGAUUCCCACGAGCUGCUGGGGUUGGAAUCCCUCUUCAGCCAGAGCAUGGUGAAUCCGAAUCUGGGCCCUUUUCACGGGAGGACAUCAUCCACGAUGGCCCCGGUCCAGACGAGGAGGUGGUUCAGCCCGGGCAGCCUACUCCAGAUCCCGAGGUACCAGAGCGACGGGGAGUCACAUUGUGAGGGAGACCAUGUGCUGGAUGCCAUCCUGCCCCACAUCACACUCGAGGAUGCCUGCAGUCAAAACCCUCUUCCCGGCUUCCAGCAGUUGGAGAGGUUCUGCUCGCUGCUGGUGGACAUUGGGCUCGUAGAUGACAAGCUGUCCCUUGUCACCGAGCAGAGGAACGCGAUCCUGGUUGCCUGGACCAAAGUGGAGGACCACGACAAACGGCAGCAGCAGUUCAACGAGUUGUACAGGACGCACUGGGGCAACACCCUGUACUGCCGCACUAAGCGCCACAACCUCGUUGAUGCUGCUGUCAUACAGCGUGUGAAAAUGGGCAUACGCUAUGCACCGGCACGGCAAGACAUUAGCGCGCAAAACAAUAGGCUGAUGUACACGUUGGUCAAACUGCUGUGGCUGAGGUCGCCGCAGGGUUCGCGCACGAGCCCCGAGAAGACCACCGUCUUAAAGGCGUACGAGAGGAUCCAGCACCGGGUUUUGGUGGACGACCCGAUCCUCUGCAAAGCUGGCUUUCCUCUGCCGAAGAUCAACGUCAAGACGGUGCGGGACUUCAUCCGGGCUUAA